AUGAAGUUUCUACAGAUCUUGCACUUACUGGGUGCUCUGGGUGCUUCCGCAAGGGCGGCCGCAGAAAGUGAUGAUGCGCUAUCGCUGGAUGACUUGCCUUACAAGAACUACUUCUACUCAGACUGCAAUGUCGCCGCCCAGGCUGUCGUCACCAGCCCGCUUCCUGACAGCAAUCUUUCAAUCAUCGGACCCCGUCUGAUUGUAGCGUGGCCAGCUGGAAAUAGCGGUGUCUGCACCUUUUUCGCGCCGCAGACGGGCGAAAAUGGUACAUUGGCAAUUGAGCUUAUCAAUUCUACCGACGCCCACCCUCUGAGCCCAGUCUACAACGCAUCUUCCAAUGGACCUCCUCACGUCGGAAUCCAGGGCGUCCUGCGAUUCAAUUCGUCUGCAAAGCUUACAGUUCCCAUUCUGGGAAGUAUCCGUACAAUCCGCGACUUCGUCGAGGGUCCUAGUCUCCUCUAUCCCGAGAUUCAGGAUGCAGUCAAAUUCUCUUCCUCGGGCAAUGGGAGCGUCUCGCUGCAGCGUACCUGGUUAGACAAUACAACGAUGACGACCCUCACAUUCCAGCCUUGGAUUAAUUCUACUUCCAAGAAUGAUGGCGGCGUCUCUCUGGAUAACCGCACUGUCGCCUUCGAAGCUGGCGAUUAUCUCUUUUCAGCGACAAUUAAUUAUCCAGAGCUUACACCGCUGAAGCCUGCCGCAGUACUCAAUAAUGCAUCGAAUAACCUCGCUACGACUAUGUCAGGUCAAACGACUGCUCUUUCAUUCUUAUCGUACUCAGAGAAGCUUCUAGCGGGCGCGUGGCGUUUUCUGACGUAUUUUGGCCGUGACUCGAUGAUCGCCACUUUACUGCUAGAGCCUGUGUUGAGCUAUGGCGAGGGAAGUGCCACGGAGGCUGUUAUCGGCGCAGUUUUGGAAAGAAUUAAUCGGACCGACGGUACUGUCUGUCAUGAGGAGACAAUUGGAGACUACGCGACUUGGACCAAUGAACAGGAGAAUAUCACAAGCACUGCCAUGGGUUGUGAUUACAAGAUGGUCGACUCGGAUUACUAUCUCCCCGUCUUGAUGCAGCGAUAUUUUGUCGAAAAUCCAAUCGGCCAAAAGCGAGCUGCUAAGUUCUUCAAUACCACUGCAGGCUCGGUCAAUCCGGCAAACAAGAACUUGACCUGGGGAGAUUUAGCCCUGACCAAUGCGGAGAGAAUCAUGCGUCUUGCGGGCCCUUUUGUGAAGAACCAAACCAAGGAAAACCUCAUUCACCUUCAUGAGGAUCAAAUUGUUGGGGAAUGGAGAGACAGCACCUACGGCCUUGGUGGAGGCCGCAUUCCCUACGAUGUGAAUACAGCGCUUGUGCCAGCAGGUCUCCGAUCUAUAGGAGCCCUGUCUCGCGCAGGUAUACUCCCAGGCAGAAAGCAGUGGGGCUCUCUUGCAGAUAAAUACGCGAAGGUCUGGGAAGAUAACACACUGGACUUCUUCAGCGUGACUAUUCCUCAGUCGAAGGCCAAAUCUUUAGUCACAUCCUUUUCGAAAGACCAUUUUGCAGGACCAAAUCAAUCUUCCGCCAUUGAUACUGAUGUCACAUUCCAUGCUGUUGCUCUGGACGGAUAUAACAAUCUGUCCAAGGUGGAGGUCAUGAAUACGGAUGAUUGCUUCCGUCACUUUCUCCUCAACACCACAAACGAUGAACAACUCACACCAUUCUUGAACGGCUCUGCCACAAAUAUCCGUCGCACUUUCCCAGCUGGCCUGAUGACUGAUGUUGGUAUGAUCGUCGCAAACCCCGCAUUCGGAGAGGACCCCGUAUACGCGCAGAAUUUCACAACCGGAGCAUACCAUGGCACAGUUGUGUGGUCGUGGCAGCUAGCAAUGAUGGCCAGGGGAUUGGAGCUGCAGCUAGGACGAUGCGAGGUCACUUCGAACUUCUCGGUCAACUCUGAAUCUGUGAAGAGAGGCCAUAAUUCCAAAGCAGUAAUGCCUACCCCGGAGUUCUGCACUGAUGACUCUGUCUAUACAAAUGUGCGGGCCGCGUAUAACGUUCUCUGGGACUCGAUUGAGAAGAAUGAGGCUCAACUCUCGAGUGAGGUCUGGUCUUGGGUUUAUCGGAAUGGUUCCUUCCAAGUCACGCCAUUGGGCGUAUUACCUGCUCCACCUGGGGUUGGAGGUCAAACUGGUAAGUAA